GCCGACUGGACGAGUGCGACGUCGAAGGGGGAGAUUCCUUUAGAAAUCCCGGCCAUUACCAUGGUCGCCAGUUUACGCCAAAUGGCGAAAAAUAAACUUGAACCCCAACCAUUUGCGUCCCUCUCGACACGGACAAACGUUCACUCCUUGGACCUCUCCUCGUCGUGUUGA